CCUUGCCCGCCCUGCUCCGCCUGCGGCCUCUCGACGCCUUCCCGCGGUGCCGCCUGCUCUCGGGGCAGAGCCCGCCCUCCCCUCCGUGCCCCGGUCUCGUCUUCUGGGGCAAACCCUUCCUCGGCCCCCCCCUUCUCCGUGCUACGCCUCGAGCCCGGCAAGGCUGAGGGGAGCUCGAAAGGGCAGUUUAAGCAUAAAGAGCGGCUCUGUUGCCGGGAUUCCUCUUGCUCGGGAGCAGCCAGCGUGCUCGCCUUUUCCUUUGGGAGACGAGCACCCGGUGGCUGAGAGAGGCUGAGUUCACAGGUUGUUAGAUGCUGUGGUGGGAGACGUACGCAAGGAAAGGAAUUAUCUGGCAAACAGAUGUGGCUUCUUUAUCUUAAAGCCCGGUAAAAGACGCGAUAAGAAUAAGUAGGAAAACAGGACAAUGUAAUAGCCCACCUUAAUACAACAAGCAGCAGUGAACCACAGAGUAACAGAAUACAUUAAAAUGUGGAGCCUUUAGCACUCAUGAGAGUUGAGAAUGGGGGCAACCACUUUCUUGUCAUGUUUAACCCAAGGUGGGCUUUCUGCUUCAUUCAUCAGUUAGACUAGUAGUUCUGAUUUUCCUAACAGUUGGAGUUUUCCUUCCAUAUUUACAAGUAAUUUAAGUGAUUUUCUAGCAUGGAUGCUGUUGCUAGCCAUAGUUGUCAUCUUCUCCAGCAGCUACAUGAACAGCGCAUUCAGGGUCUUCUCUGUGACUGCAUGCUGGUGGUAAAAGGUGUCUGCUUCAAAGCACACAAAAAUGUAUUAGCUGCUUUCAGUCAAUAUUUCAGGACCCUUUUCCAGAAUUCUUCAGGCCAGAAGAAUGAUGUCUUUCACUUGGACAUUAAAAAUGUAGGUGGCAUAGGCCAGAUCUUGGACUUUAUGUACACCUCUCACCUGGAUCUUAGCCAGGACAAUGUACAAGCUAUGUUGGAUAUUGCACAGUGUCUCCAAGUGCAAAAUGUGCUGAACAUUUGCCACACCUUUUUAAAAGCUUCUACAGCUGUAGAGCAAACAGCCAGCAUGCCUUGUAAUAGCGUAUUUUCGCUGCAGAAUACUUUGACUGCAGAUACUGGCUGUGCCAAUGACAGUUAUGGAACAAACCUAUUGCAUGAAUGCUCAUCUGACACACAAGCUAAUAAAGUCUUGGCUGACCACCAUUCUCAUGCAUCGCAGUCUGUUAAUCUUCACGCACCCUCAAGUGAUGUAGAGAAACAACCACAAGACUCCUUAGAUGGCAACUGCACAGAGCUUCCAUUUAAACAACCCAAUUACUAUUAUAAACUACGCAACUUUUACAGUAAACAGUUCUAUAAGCAAAAUGCUUGCUCUAAUAAUGAGAGAGGAGCAGAACAAUCCUUUUCUUACAACACGUCUACAGAAAUAAACACAGUAGAGAAUAGUUCUUGUACUGUCAAUCACUCUGAGUGUAUUCUGGAAACCUCUGAUCAUUUACCAUCAAACUUUCUGGUUCAGUCUGUGAACGAAGCUGCUCCAGACCAAGAUGCAGAAAGCACGCUUAUGCAGCCCACCAAACAGAUGCGGCUGAAAAAGGCAAUACACCUCAAAAAGUUAAAUUUUCUAAGAUCUCAGAAAUCUGCAGAGCAGCCGCCUGAGCCUAAAAGAGAUGACAGUAGAAUAACAGGAGUAAUUGAAUCUGUAAAUGAAAGUACCAUGGACGUGACAAAUGUUAGAGUUACUGAUGAAAAAGAAGCUGAAGAUUUAGAGAAUUCUGAGAAUUUUGAACAAACUGUUGAAAUUGAAAGAUCUCAAGGUCCUUUGGAACAAGAAGGGCAAUCGCAGACUCUUCAGUCGCAGAGGCAAUAUACUUGUGAAUUAUGUGGGAAAGCUUUCAAACAUCCAAGCAAUUUGGAGCUCCAUAAAAGGUCUCAUACAGGUGAGAAACCUUUUGAAUGUAACAUUUGUGGGAAACACUUCUCACAGGCAGGUAAUCUCCAGACACAUUUACGUCGGCAUUCUGGUGAAAAGCCAUACAUUUGUGAAAUCUGUGGGAAAAGAUUUGCUGCUUCUGGUGAUGUUCAGCGUCAUAUUAUUAUUCAUUCUGGAGAAAAGCCUCAUCUGUGUGAUAUCUGUGGCAGAGGAUUCAGUAACUUCAGUAAUUUAAAGGAGCACAAAAAGACCCACACAGCAGAUAAAGUAUUUACCUGUGAUGAAUGUGGGAAGUCAUUCAACAUGCAGCGAAAAUUAGUAAAGCACAGAAUUAGGCAUACUGGAGAGAGACCAUACAGCUGUUCAGCAUGUGGGAAAUGUUUUGCAGGCUCUGGUGACCUGCGUAGACAUGUGAGGACUCAUACGGGAGAAAAACCCUAUACCUGUGAAACUUGUAACAAAUGCUUUACUCGCUCUGCUGUUCUACGGCGGCACAAGAAAAUGCAUUGUAAAGCCACUGAUGAAAGUCCAAACACACUAGAUGAAUUUACUCAAGGGAUUGAAACUUCUGACCUUGACAAAUCUCAGAGUUCUGACUCUUUUGGCCAAGAAAUAUCUGUUACAUUGUUACCAGUGUCUGUUAAAUUUCCCAUUCGUUCAACUGCAAAUUCAACUGAAUUUGAUAGUUCUGCGGAUUCUUACUGUAAGUUGCGAUCAAUGAUUCAACACCAUGACUCAGCAAACCAACAGAAACUGAAUGUGGACUCUGCUAAACUCCCAAAAGCUCAGACACAGCAAACUCCUCCUCCACCACCAUAUGCUUAUGGAGAUGUAGAUGUAUCUUCUGCAGAAGAACCCUUACAGUCUGAUAAUAUUCCCAUGAUUCGUCCUUCUAUGGUUAGCUUGGACAGUCAUUGUAAUGAUCCACUCAGCAGUCGAACAUCUGCUGCAUACAAGAAUAACGAAGGACCGUUCUUCUCCAGCAUGACCCUCUGGGGUUUAGCUAUGAAGACCUUGCAGAAUGAAAGUGAAUUGGAACAAUGAGGGCUCAGGUGACUGUAUCAAAACUUCUUAGAGCCAUUUCAUGCUAAAGUGAUUGCGAUUGCACUGCAGCCUAGAGAGCUCAGAGCUAGUUUUUAAGCCAACUAGCUUGGAUACUGGUAGAAAUCAAGAUACGCAUGCCCAGAACCCAGUGUAGGCUGCCUUUACACUGCUUCUCAGCAAAGUUUAAAUCUAGUUUCGGGGACGUUUGGUGUUCUGUGACUGCACUGUGUAGCUCAUGUGUUGCCAGGAUUUACUAAAAUUUGCCAUUUGCUAAAUUUACCAUUAAACUUGGUAUUUUUUUACCUGAUGAUGGAGAAGAGGAUGGCCCAAUGCCUGAUUUCAUGAUAUGGGUGAAAUUCCAAGUAUGGGUCUUCAGAGUUUUGUAAGGGUGUACAUAGGAAAAGAGGAAAAUACUUAACAAAUCCCUAGUGAACCUGAGUUUCAGUAGUGGCUUUCUUACCAGUAGGAUCAUUGGUUUACAUUACUUGAGUAUUGUGAUAUUAAAUUUAAAUGUUAAAUACUGGACAAUAUUUGUGAUAGUGCAAAGUAACUGUAUAUCUAGAAACUUUAUUUUUUUACAAUAAAAGCUUUUUUUAGUAUUUUAUAAACUAUUUUGCACAGCAGGUUAUUUGUACAGUGAAGACCAGGAUCAGGAAAUGCGAAUAAAGGGAAGUUGUUUUACAUUGUAUCUUAAUUGCUCAAUGUGUUUCAUCUUUUUAUGAAAGAUUUUCAAUAAUAUAAUUCCAUCUAUUCCAGGUAUCUUUACCAUGCUGAUGGGGAUACCAGCGCACGAAGAGCUGCACUAUAAAAUAAG